CUUCUCGCCUUUGUUACUCAUCAGCAUGGGCCCUAUAACCAUUGCAGAUUCUGAUGAUGAAAGUGACUCAAACGGGCAGGUUGUCGCCCCUUCUCUUGUGACAGCCCAGGCACAAACGCGGUCUUCUGAGCAGGGGAGUCUUGCAACCGCUUCGACAGACUCAGCUUUGUUCCAGCAAAUCUUUAAUGAGCAGAAUGCCGCUGCUUGUGAGAGAGCACUGCAACUUCAGCUGCAGCAAGAGCUGGAAGAUGCGCCACACCAAAGCUCGGCCAUGACAAUCCCUGAUGUUCCCUUUCAGCGGACUACCAAAGGGUUCUAUCAUUCGUCCCUGACAUCAGUGACGGAUCCCCGUUCAGAAAUAGCUCGUAAUUUCCCAACAAUAAGGUCUUCGGAAAAGACGUUGGAGAGGACGCAGGAGAGGACGCAGAGCGCAGUAGACCCUUGGGAGGUACCAAGCAGUCCGGGAGCGCCUAAAUCACUGGAAGAACAAGCAAAGGAUCAUGGAGGCCAUGUGCCGGAUCAAUCAUAUGGGAGAGGUAAAUCUCUUCUGUGUGUGGACACGCCACUUGAAAAUCGCUGGGACGAUCUUGAAAGUAUGGGAGGUCGAGACAAAAAACGGAGACGCCUGGACCAGUCCGAAGCAGCUCUGUCUCAAAGCAAUGAUGUUGAUUUGAUCAUGCCUCCUAAUGAAAGCAGACUUAUCAGCACUGAUAAUGAGCAGGAGACGGCAGCAGCAUCCAGCACCUCCCUCCCUGCCAUGCCCAUUGACGACACCAGCUCGGCAUGCCAACUCAAACACUCGUCUCCGGUGGAACGUGGGCCUGGGAAUGCCCUGAGUGCCACAUCUAGUGCUAUCCCAAAAUACAAUAAUCUGCUUCUAAAACAGCAAACUCAGUAUGCAGUUGGAUCAAGUGGGUCGGCUACCAACAUCAACACACCGCGGAAUGAAAUGUUCUCGAUCCAGAGCUUUGGUAGUAAGGCUCCUGAGGAGCAGGAGAGCACCACCACUACCAAGAAAGUAGAAUAUCGAAAUUUUGUCUCACGAAGAGGCUCCUCUCCUGACAUCAUAUCCGCACCAGCACCUGAUCUGGAUGAAGUUGCUCCUGUGCCAGAGUAUUUACCUGGUCUAGAUUCUGAGCCGAAGAUCGAUCAGGAAUACCGUGACGACAGGGAUCCUUUGGCUGACCAGCCUCGGCCGCCAGAUGAGCUGCCGCCGGAGGAGCUACCGCCGGAGGAGAGUGAUGCCGAGUUCGUGGCACGUCCUACGCCAGCUGUCAAGUCAAAGAAGAAGAGAGGCCGCCCGAAGAAGUCUCUGGAAACUGACGAGCCGCCACCGGUAAAGCCGGCUGAAAGUCCUACUCCGGCGACUGAUGCAAUAUCGCCAGUUCCAACGACGCAGAAGAAGAAACGAGGGAGGCCUAAGAAGCAGUCAGACGAACCCCCUGUCGAGAGCGUUCUGCUUGCUGCCGCCACUCCCACCCCUAAUGUUAGUGGUGAAAAGAAGGCCCGUGGGAAGAAGAAAGCCACCAAGGGACGAAAGAAACUUGUUGUGUUGAGCGACUCAGAGGGUGACCAUUGUGCCACAGAGGACCUCACAGCGGAGGAGGCAAGGGAGCAGAAUGUUGUUGAAGAAGCACUCAAAGCAGAAACUACGAAAGACGAUCAGAAAAGAGCAGCCUCGAGCAAGAAGAGUAAAACUAAAGCUUCCCUUGACGACCAGAUCAUUCCAGAUAAUAAAUCGGAAGAUGAAAAUGAGCCCCAAGAGAUAAAGCAACAUGCUACACGAGAGAAGGAAGAGAAAUCAGGGGACAAGAAGGGGCUUUCAGCGCUAGGACUGGCCAAACCUAUUUACAGGGUUGGGCUGAGCAAACGAUCCAGAAUCGCUCCGCUGCUAAAGUCGGUACGGAAGACAUGAUGAAAAGCAGAUGGGGUGAAAUAGAAAAAAGGCAUUUGAUAAUGCUAUUGCUACAAGAAGAUUUAGGAUGAUGACUCAAGUUGG